UGCUCCGCAAAACACCUACACAGCCACCUCAAAAAACACAGACACUACUUCCUCUCUCACUCACUCGUCUUCUUCACUUUCUCAUGCAAUGCCACUUCUUCUUGUCUUCUUCUUCCUCUCUUUCGCCUCCUGUUUCGCCUUCGCUGCUUCCCAAACAAGCUACCUUCUCCCACCCGACGCCGUUUCGUUGCUUUCUUUCAAGUCCAAAGCCGACUUAGAUAACAAGCUUCUUUACACUAUUAACGAGCGCUUCGACUACUGUCAAUGGCAAGGCGUCAAGUGUGCUCAAGGCCGUGUCGUUCGCUUCGUCCUUCAAGGUUUUGCUCUUCGUGGUACUUUCGCUCCCUACACUCUCUCCCGCCUUGACCAGCUCCGAGACCUCAGUCUACGGAACAACUCGCUCUCUGGUCCUGUUCCUGAUCUCUCGUCUCUUUUUAACUUGAAAUCUCUGUUUCUAAGCCAUAACUCUUUCUCUGGAUCUUUCCCUCCUUCCGUUUUGUUGCUGCAUAGGCUUGUUGUUCUUGAUCUUUCUUUUAAUAAUCUUACUGGUCCGAUUCCGGUUCAGUUGUCUUCUCUUGACCGGCUCAAUUCGCUUCAGCUAGAGUGGAACCGGUUUGACGGAACUCUCCCGCCAUUGAACCAAACUUUUCUGGUAUUUUUCAAUGUUUCUGGAAAUAAUCUUACAGGACCGAUUCCGGUAACGCCUACUCUGUCUAAGUUUGAUGCGUCUUCGUUUUCUCUUAAUCCGGAUCUUUGUGGGGAGAUUAUUAACAAGGCUUGUACUAGGAUGCGGUCUCCGUUUUUUGACUCGCCGUCAUCGUCAAAUGCCACCUCUCCAACGGCGCCGCUAACCCAGAGCGCGCAGGCGGAAAAUGGAGGUGUUGUAGUUUUGUCUCCGCGAUCGUCGCAGGAGCACAAGAGAACCACUGCUAUUUUAGGUUUCACUGCUGGUGUUUCUGUGUUGAUUUUGUCUAUUUUGUGCCUCUUUUUUGUUUUAAUUAAGAAACAGAGCAAACAAACAAAGUCGGAAAGGAAACAGCCGCCAGCAACAGCAUCUGCUGUUGAAACUGCAAAGUCUAUUCAUACAAAUUCGACAGGAGAAGCUCAAGCUAUCAGGGAAUAUAGCGAAGUAGUAGUACAUUCAAUGCCGAAAGAAAUUCAGAUUCCACAAAUGAGAAGAGCAGAGAAGAGUGGGAGUUUAGUGUUUUGUGGAGGGGAAACACAGCUGUACACAUUAGAGCAGUUAAUGAGGGCAUCGGCGGAGUUGCUGGGUAGAGGUACAAUAGGGACUACAUACAAGGCUGUACUCGAUAAUCAGCUAAUAGUGACGGUAAAGAGGCUUGAUGCAAGUAAGACUGCCAUUAGCAGUAGUGAUGCUUUUGAAACACAUAUGGAGGCCGUCGGUGUGCUGCGCCAUCCGAAUUUGGUGCCGAUUAGGGCUUAUUUUCAGGCCAAGGGAGAGAGACUCGUUAUAUACGAUUAUCAACCCAACGGCAGCCUCUUCAAUCUCAUUCACGGUUCAAGAUCUAGCCAAGCAAAGCCUCUUCACUGGACGUCAUGCUUAAAGAUAGCUGAAGAUUUGGCCCAAGGUCUUGCCUAUAUCCACCAACCAUCGAAGCUAGUUCACGGAAACCUGAAAUCUUCCAAUGUUCUUCUUGGAGCUGAUUUUGAGGCCUGCAUCACAGACUAUUGCCUUGCCUCCCUUGCAGAUACGUCUUCUACUGAAGAUCCUGAUUCCAUAGCAUGUAAAGCACCUGAGACUCGCAAGUCAAGCCAUCGAGCCACUGCCAAAUCUGAUGUGUAUGCAUUUGGUGUCCUAUUACUUGAGCUUCUGACUGGUAAACAUCCUUCACACCAUCCAUUCCUGGCCCCUGCUGAUAUGUUGGACUGGGUUAAAGCAGUGAGGGAAGGUGACGGUGCAGAAGAUAACCAACUAGGAAUGCUCACUGAAGUUGCCAGUGUUUGUAGCUUGACAUCUCCAGAACAGAGACCUGCAAUGUGGCAAGUGUUGAAAAUGAUACAUGAAAUAAAGGAAAGUGUCAUAGUAGAGGACAAUGCAGCUGCCGGAUAUUCAUAGUUCUUUUGUCUACAUUACACGAUGAUGCAUAUAGCAACUCACAAACUCGGCCAAUCCAGACCAUAGCUUUCAAGUUGUGUGCCUGUCUGGACAGGAAUCUCAAUCAUGAACCACGCGAGCUGCAGUAUAAAGUUCAUAUGAUUUCGUGGGAGUUGACGCAAGGGACUACGGGAACACCAAUUGGAUGUCACAUUUAUAUGGCAGAUUGAUGUAUCAUGAUAUUUGUAAGGAUUCUACUAUUCUUUUAUGUGUGAUUAUUUUGAAUCCUGCUUCUUCCUUAGUUACCCUGCUGAUUCUUCCUAUAAGGGGUUUCAUUCUUUAAAGCAGAAUUUGCAACUUGCAAGCACUUUAAUUCCCAUGAAGUUCAUCUUUUGCUCCA